AUGCCCAAGACUGCCACGGGAAAGCUUGACAGACGAAACCUGAAACGACAAUACGAAGCUCUUGAGCAGCAGGUCCAAGCAUCGGAUAAUGGCGCUCACGCAACAGAAGAGCGACUGGAACAAAACGGCCAUGACUGGCACUCAGACGCUGAGCGAGACAGUUUCGGGACGUUGCGAUCUCUUGGCAGCAGCAUUCUCAAGGUCUCGGAAGAGAGGAUAUCGCCUUCGAGCCGUUGGACAGCCCUUGGGGGCGAUUCGUUGUCUGCGAUGAUGCUUGUUCGAGACGCUAGAUUGGCUGGGUUGCGCUUGACCACCAUUAAAGUCAUGUCCGGCGAGACUCUACUCGAUCUUUGCAAACAGAUUCCAAAGCCAGAUACGACCUCGUCAACUAACAGUAAGGAAGUUCAAUCGCGGCGACAGGGCGAGGAUCUCCUAGCAGUCACGGAUUUCCAAGCGGAAUAUCUUGCUCGCGGGUCAGGCACGGAGCGAGGCCUGCUAUACAAAUUCGACAUGACUAUGCGGGCGGCGGUCAACACCGAAGACCUUUUUCGAGCGCUAUAUCUAUGGAUAGAAAGCACUGAAGCGUUGCGACUCUCAUUUAUCCAACAACCCAAAAAACGACCCCUGCAGCUCGUUAUACCGCCUGCUAAAACGGAGUGGAAGCGUCGAGUCUAUUCGCUAUCAGAAGCUGACGCUAUGGAUGAAGUAUCAUUCAAGCACGACUUUGUCCAACAUCCCCUAUUAGUUGCGGUUCGCACAGCUACGAGACACCAGCAGGAUACCGUCUAG